AUGCUUGACUUCUCCUUUUACCUCCUGACCCUAAGAGUCGUCAUCUCCUGCAUUGGGCUGCUAGGUAAUGUGGUCCUCAUCCUUUCCAUCAUCCACACCAGGGUCUCCUCUCUCAAAACAUUUGAGCUCUUUCUUAUGGGACUGGCCACGGCCAACCUGGAGGAGAUUCUCAUUGUCAACAUCUACAACGCCCUUCAGUUCUCCUCAGCAGUCUCAGACGUUUGGUACUGUCGCUCGCUGAAAUUCUUAACCGUGUUUGGAGAAAUCAGCAGCAUUCUCUUUACCGUCCUCAUUAGCGUCUAUCGUUACCAGAAGAUGAGAGAUGCCUACAAAAGGAUCCACAUUCGCAUCUACCUGGACAACACCCGAGCAGCUUGGAUAGUGAGUGGGCUUUGCGUCGGGAUUUCAGUCCUGCUGAGUGUCCCCAUUUUUGUCAUGAACCUGCAAGGACAGGUGGGGAACCUCACAAGGAACAACACAGGAUGCCCACCAGACUUCUUCCUUUGCAGCAACCAUGACAGUCCAACAAUCAACUGCAUUUACAAAUAUGUCUUUAUCCUGCUGUGCAAUCUGCUACCGCUGAUCAUCGUCACGCUCACCAGCGGCCUCAUCGCCACCGUGCUGCUAAGCCACAGGACAAUUGUGACGCCUAUUGCCAGUGUGAGUGGCUCGACCCAGAUCGUUAGAAAGCAUAACAGAAGGUGGUUUCACCGUAGCACACUUGCUAUCCUGGCGGCCAUGGCACUCUUUCAGGUGGACUGGACUCUCUAUCUGCUCUUCCAGUUGACUUUCAAUCCCAAGGAUGUCCAGUUUUGGGCGGAAAUUGAGUUCUUCAUAUCUACGUCCUAUACGUCCAUCAGUCCAUAUGUGUACGGAAUUGGGAAUAAAUGGUUCUCCGCCAGGAACUUCAGAAGAAAGUAG